AGAGCUGCUGCUGUGGUCUUUCCACACUGUUUUUUGGAAGUUACUUUUGAAAAGCGAAGCUCCUCUCAGUUACUUUGCCCUGGGGACAUUUUUGUUUCUUACUCAAAUAAAUUGGGAUAUUUCGUGUGACAUGUUGCCCUCGUUUCUUCGUCUUACUUCUGAGUGCUCUUUGAACAUGCAGUGCUCUGGCUUGAUAAAGGCUGUUGGUGUUCUUCAGAGGGAAUGACUGAGCACUGAGGAACCAGGAUUGCUUGCACGUGUGGGACACUUGUGAAGAAGCAUCAGGAGGCAGAAGAGAGAAAACUGCUCAAGAAAACAUAAAGGAAAGAAAGAAAACAAGAAACAAACAAACAUAAAACACUGCUUUGGCGCAAAAUGGAUCUCCCUCCUUUUAGGGGUUUAUCCGAUGUACCCUGAUAUUGGUCAGCCUUGCAGCUCAGCCCCUACACUGGUGGCCCUGAAAGAAUGGAUCCCGUACCACCUUUUCGGAUGGACCCUGAAAGCCUGGAUCUUCAGCAGGUCCCUGUUUUGUCCAUUGACCAGAUCCAUGCUAUAAGGGCUAAUAAUGACUAUGUGGAACGCCCUGUGGCGCUGGAGCCUGCCACUCAGGUUGGUGUCUUCUAUGUGCAUGAUGAGCGACAUCCUCAGAUGUCUCGCAGUCAAAGUCAGCAUCAACAUUCCCACUUGGCCUACUUGAGUCGUUCCAGUACUGUGAGCUCCAUGUCCCGCGGCAGUGCUGCUUCGGACCAGAGACUUCUUACAGGACUAACGCCUUCCCAUUCUGGUCUGGCCACUGUGGUGCGGUCCCAGCCCAAAGGUGACUUGAAACCUGACUCACUAGGCAAAGGAUUGGCUGACAGUGAGGACUUGGGCCUGCAUCUCUUCAUCUGUGAACGUUGCGGCCACUGUAAGUGCCAGGAGUGCUGUGCCCCUCGUAAUUUGCCCUCCUGCUGGACCUGUGGCCAGCGCUGCUUGUGCUCAGCUGAAAAAUUCUUGGAGUACGGCACUUGCCUGUGCUGUGUGAAGGGUCUGUUCUACCACUGCUCGGCAGAUAAGGAGGACAACUGUGCUGACCGACCAUGCUCCUGUGCCCCGGCUCACGCCUGCUCCCGCUGGAGUGCCUUGGCCUUCCUGGCGCUCUGCCUGCCUUGCCUGUGCUGCUACCCUCCUGCCAAGCUGUGCCUCACUUUAUGCCAGCGUGGCUACGAUCGCGCCACACGUCCAGGCUGCCGAUGUAGCAACACCAACACUGUGUGCCGCAAGAUCUCUGCCACCAACCCUGCACCCUUUCGUAAAACCCUGGAGAAGCCUGUAUGACAGGCUGAAUGAGCCUCUCACAAUUCUCCUUCAAGGAGACACCUCUAUUGCUGAAGCAGCCGGGAAAUUCUGCUAAAUGAACUGACCAACUCUAAACCAAUCAGGCCUCCCUGCAUCAUGUUUAUCAUC